CAGCAGCAGCAACAGCACACAGGCAGCUUCAAUAAAAGUAGAUUUCUAAUUUUUUUUUUUAUUUCUUUUUUUUUUUUUUAAAAACCACAGAGCAGGGGGAAGCACAAUUUCACUGAGUGAAAACAAGGCAGCUCAACAUAGGCACUUCCACAAAAAUCCAUGAAAAUGCUUUGGAAAUUAACUGAUAACAUUAAAUAUGAAGACUGCGAGAUGUUAGUGCACAGUUUUUCCGCGAUGGACCGCCACGAUGGCACCAGCAACGGGACAGCCAGGCUACCUCAGCUGGGCGGCGUGGGCCAGAGUCCCUACACGAGCGCCCCUCCGCUCUCCCACACGCCGAACUCGGACUUCCAGCCGCCGUACUUCCCACCGCCCUACCAGCCCAUCUACCCGCAGUCUCAGGACCCGUACUCGCACGUCAACGACCCGUACUCCCUGAACUCGCUGCACGCCCAGCAGCAGUCGCAGCACCCGGGCUGGCCGGGCCAGAGGCAGGGCCAGGAGAGCGGCUUGCUGCACCAGCACCGCAGCCUGCCCCACCAGCUGUGCCGGGAGUACCGCAGGGAGGUGCUCCUACCGUCCGGCCACGGCAUCGAUACCGGACUGUCGGACUCUAUCCCCAUCCAUGGAAUACCUCACCCUUUAGAUGACGUUCAGCCUGUUGAGGAUCAAGGAAUACACAUUCCCGACCAGACUGUAAUUAAAAAAGGUCCAGUGUCUUUAUCCAAGAACAACAGCGUCUCCGCCAUCCCCGUAAAUAAGGACGGUCUUUUCGGAGGAGUGGUCAACCCGAACGAGGUGUUCUGCUCGGUUCCGGGUCGCCUGUCCCUCCUCAGCUCCACAUCAAAGUACAAGGUCACGGUGGCGGAGGUGCAGAGACGCCUCUCGCCGCCCGAGUGCCUCAACGCCUCUCUGCUGGGCGGGGUGCUGAGAAGGGCCAAGUCUAAGAACGGGGGGAGAUCCUUGAGGGAGAAGUUGGACAAAAUCGGGUUGAAUCUACCUGCGGGCAGACGCAAGGCAGCCAACGUCACCUUGCUGACGUCACUAGUCGAAGGCGAAGCGGUGCAUCUUGCCAGGGACUUCGGUUAUGUAUGCGAGACCGAGUUUCCAGCCAAGGCAGUAGCUGAAUAUGUAAACCGUCAGCAUUCCGACCCAAACGAACAAGUCCAAAGAAAAAACAUGCUGUUGGCCACGAAGCAAGUCUGCAAGGAGUUCACAGACCUGCUGUCCCAAGACCGCUCGCCCCUGGGGAACUCUCGGCCGCAGCCCAUCCUCGAACCGGGAAUCCAAAGCUGUUUGACCCACUUCAGUCUCAUCUCGCACGGUUUCGGGACCCCGGCGCUGUGCGCGGCCGUCACGGCCCUCCAGAACUAUCUGACCGAGGCGAUCAAAGCCAUGGACAAAAUGUACCUCAACAACAACCCAAACAGUCACUCAGAUAACGGCACUAAAGGCGGAGACAAAGACGAGAAGCACAGAAAGUGAUGUUUUCCUCCUCACCUCAACCUUUCAACCCGGGGGAGAGAGGGGGGAGAGAGGGGGGAGAGGAGCGGAGGGGCCAACGCGCCAGGGCGCCCCUUCUUCUGCACCGACCCAUACAGCCUCCCCUCGCCCCCGCUCCUCACCCAUCCGAUAUAAAUAUUAUAAAUACCUUAUAAAUAUUAUUGAUAAAGUUAAACGUGCCACUUCCUGAUCUGAUCUUGCGCCGGUUUUACAUUGUUUUCUGUUUUUCCACCUCCUUCUUUGGAUUCAAACGGGAAGCGACGCAAGAAUCUUCUUCUUCUUCUUCUUCUUCCUCCUCCAACACCUGAACGAUCUGAAACGUUAUUUUGAGAAAAAAAAAAAGAAAAGAAAAGAAAAAUACACUAGGAAAAGAGGAAAAGAAGCUGCAGAGAAACAGCUCCAGGGCGAGGGGAAAGGUGUACUGCCUCACCCAGAAGACUUUUUAUGAACCCCCCUCACCACUCGCCCCCCUCCUCCUCUUCCUCCCGCCUCCUGUUUUUUUAUGAGCUGCAACGAAUGGACUGAAAUCCAGCGACCCCUUCUCUAUAUCUCACUUUUACGAUUGUGACUAGAAAAAAAAAACGAGAAAAGAAAAGAAAAACGAAGCUAAAAGAGGAUGCAUUCUUAUCAGUAUUGUGAAUAAUAAACUUGAAAAAGCAAAGAGAACCUUCACAGCUCUCCAUGUCAUGACUUCAGUUGUAGACUCCCCUCUCUUUCUCUCUCUCUCUCUCUCUCUUUCUCUCUCUCUCGCUCUUUCUCCGAGCGACCAACUUGAACUUUAUUUUUAAUUUUUAUUUUUUUUAUUUUUGUUCGUUUGAAUUUCAACACGGUUCACGGUUAUAUAAGGGAAUCCGUGUUCAUGUAUGUAUAUAUUUAUUUAUGUGUAAUUUAAUGGGAAUUGUAAAUAUGGUGCGUCUGUUGAAACUUCUUUUUUUUAUUUAUCUGGUGCCUCCUGUUUUAGUGGGUUUUGAAUAUUCGGUUAGUUCUUCAUGUGAUUUUUAUGGUUCUAGAAAACAGAAGUUUUGGGGUAUUUUUUUUUAAUUAUUAUUAUUAAUAUUAUAAUUUUAUUUCUCUGGGAUAUUUCGAUUCAGCCCUCUUGUAGCAUGUUGAGGUGACACUGAAGCAAGUGAACAAAUUUUAAUAGAAAUAAACUUCCAAUUUCACUCAAUAUAUUUCAACUUAUUCCGUUUUUAUUCUUUGACCCCCCCCCCCCCCCCCCCCCCCCCCCCUACCCCGAGGACAUUUUCGUUAUUUUGUGUGUCUAAUUUGCGUUUUUGGAGACGAGCUUCUAUGUGUUGUGCCAAUCAGAAUACGUUUCACCUCUUGUUCUCUUUUUGAAGCACCAUAAAAGCAAUAAAUUGAAUAUUGUCCACCCCCCCGCCCAAGUGUUCGAAAAGACAUUCAGAAACAUUUUCUUUUCUAAUUCUUUUUUGGGACCACCUGCUAUCUUGUUCUAUGUCCGAUUCUGUCCUAAAUUGGAGGCGGUUUUAGCUGUGUUGUAUAGACAUGUGCUGGCAAUAGUUCCUAUGCCUGUCAAUGUAUUAUAGUCCUUUGUUGCCCAGAAAAAAAUAAAUAUUUGAUACGCUUCA